UUCACGAUGGCACCAAUUAUGCGGAAAAAGAAUAUGAAAUAUUCGAAAAUUCUCCAUGUUCCCACGGGUCAUGUGUUUACUUACAAGUCGAGGUGGAGAACAACAAUCAGAUAUUACCAAUGCAUUGAAAAAUUCUGUCCCAUGAGAGGCAAGUUACUGAACGGUGAGGAGUUCAUUAUCACUGGAGGAGGUGCUCAUAAUCAUGCACCAAACAAGCAUUAUUUAGAUGUGGAGAGAUUCAAUGACCAUCUCCAUGAAAGAGUGACUAGCUCAUUGAAUGACUUCAGAAUAAUCUGGGAUGAUGUUGCAAUGGAGGAUCCUGAGACUGCAGCAAUACGCACUUUUGUGUCUGCUGAGAGGUCAAUGCACCGUUGGCGAAUGAAGAAUCGUCCACCAAUCCCGAGGACAUUAAGAGAAUUUGCCAACACGGUGAAUGAUAAUCCACAGUGGCAUCACCUGAGAAACUACCACUUCAGUAGAUUCAGUAUAGAAGCCCUUCCAGUUGGCGAUGGGAGUUAUGUUGUUGUGAUCGCAGAUUUGGAAUAUGUAAGCACAAUCACACCCAGGACCCUGACCAUCGACGCAACUUUCGAAGUGUGUCCAAAGAUACCCACUAAUCGGCAAUUUCUGACAAUUAUGGGAAACCUCAAUGAUACGGACCUACCCAUAGCAUGGGCACUAAUGGAGAAGAAAAACUCUCGAUCAUGCUUGAGAGUGCUAGAAUAUUUUAAAACAGUGCUGGCGCCACAUAUCAACCCUUCAACAGUUCACUUAGACUUUGAGCGUGCUCUACGAAACACAGUUGAACAUGUGUAUCCUAAUGCAAGGAUCGUUCACUGUUAUUUUCAUUACUUACAAAAAAUAAUUUAUAUUCGGUUGCGAUUUGCCCUAAUUGAUUUUUUUAAUUCGAAAGCUUUGAGGAAGAGAUUGGACAGACAGAAGAAUCGAGCUGAGAUGGCAGAAUUGAAGGAUUGGGACCAAGGACAAAAUUUCUACCGGAAACUGAUGGCUUUGCCGUUGCUCCCAGCUGAAGAUAUGAUCCCAGCCUUCACCAUAGUCAAGAAUAAUGCUUCACCAGACAUUACAUCAUUCUUUAAUGAUCUCAUUGGCUACAUUGAGCGAUGGUGGCUAGGGGUAGUGAGACCAGAAAACUUCACUGUGUAUAGGUUGCGCACUCGAGUCUCCAAUGCCAUUGAGGCAUAUCAUCGUGUACUCCUCAAGAGGGUCGGCUCUCAUCCAUCUAUCUGGCAGUUCACAGAAUCUCUGAGAAAACUUCAAGUUGUAAGUUGGACUGAAAGGACUGCAUUGGCAGCUGGUAGGCCUGUCAGACGACCUAAAGCGACAAAAUACAUCAAACAAGAGGAAAUAUUAUCCAGAGCUUGGGAGUUGUAUGGAGAAGGGGUCCUAGAUAUUGCCGCGUUCCUUGGGGCUGCCAAUCAUUUCCUUCGUGCUUUCCAUAAUAAAGUAUUGAUCGAUAAUGCGGAGGCGGUCGAUUACUUCACAACAAUAGAGGAGCAUAUCGUCGGCAUUCCACCCACAGCAGCUGAACUCCAAGCCCAGGUAGCUGAUCAACCCAUUGGCGAAAUUUCUUUUGCAACUGCUCCACCUGUGAAUAACAACUUAGAGAUCCUAUUGUUGCGAAGAGUAGAUCGAUGCAUUUGUGAUUUAUGCAAUAAUUCUAUCGUGGAAUAUGUUGCAUCACCAUGCAGGCACUGGUUUGCAUGUAAAAAUUGUACGCUGCUCUACGUCCAUACAGCUUUAGAGAUGAAUGCUUUCUUGAAGUGUCGGUGGUGUCUCCAAGAGUGUCGAGGAUUUCAACGUAUGCUUGUAAGAAUAUCCUACUAUUCAUUCGCUUACUAUACAACAUUAUGUUUCAUUAAAACAACAAUGUUUCAGGUCACCUAAUCAUCUCUCUCUGGAGAAGCCAAUUACAAAUUGAAUUGGA